UGCGCUAUGCAGGUUGUAAUCACGAGUACGGAACUGUUUACGUUGCGGUAUUUGUGUAUUUGGCAUAUCCUUAAAACUGGACGAAGUCCUGCAACGUCAACAAAACCAAAGACUUUGAAUUGACUCGAAGGAUGACUUGGAAGGGGACACUAUGUAUCCUCCUCUCCCUCAAUGUGUUUCUCAACCUAUCCUCUUUCUGUGAUGGUCAUCCCCACUCUGCACAAACUAUAAAUUCAGGAUCUGCUGUCAGAGUCUUAUCCAAUGAUACUGCAAAGAGAGCUGGGGUUGCAGCUGAGGUAGCAGGCUAUGCUGAUGUGGCCAAACAGAUCAUUGACCUGGCUGUGUUCGGUGCUGCCCAGAACCGCUCUUACAGACGGCUCGCAGACUUUACUGACACUAUAGGAAACCGUGUCAGUGGCUCAAACAACUUGGAGAUGGCUAUUAAAUACAUGUACAAUGCCAUGGUGCAGGAUGGGUUGGAUGUACACCUGGAGCCAGUAAAAAUCCCACACUGGGUACGGGGAAAGGAGAGUGCAGAGAUGACUGCUCCUCGAGCCAAGACUCUGGCUAUACUGGGAUUGGGUAGCAGCGUAGGAACACCCCCUGAAGGUAUUGAGGCAGAGGUGUUGGUAGUUCAGUCUUUUGAGGAACUGAAGCGUCGAGCCACUGAGGCCGCAGGAAGGAUUGUGGUUUUUAACCAGCCAUAUGUUAGCUAUGGAGAGACAGUGGCAUACCGUGCUUAUGGUGCCUCUGAGGCAGCCAAAGCAGGAGCUGUGGCUACACUCAUUCGAUCAGUCACUCCAUUCUCUAUUAACAGUCCUCACACAGGCUGGCAGGACUACCAAGACGGAGUGAAGCGCAUCCCCACAGCCUGCAUCACUGUGGAGGAUGCUGAGCUGAUGUGGCGUAUGGCACAAAGAGGUCAGAAAAUUGUGGUCAAACUCACCAUGGGAGCCAAGACCCUUCCUGAUGCUGACUCUUUCAACACGGUGGCUGAGAUAAAAGGCUGGCAACACCCUGAGCAGGUUGUCUUACUGAGCGGACAUUUGGACAGCUGGGAUGUGGGCCAGGGUGCCAUGGAUGACGGAGGCGGAGCCAUGAUUUCCUGGGAGGCCCUGUCACUCAUCAAAGACCUUGGUCUGCGUCCAAGGAGAACUUUGCGAACAGUGCUGUGGACAGCCGAGGAGCAGGGCGGAGUCGGAGCACAGCAAUACUUUAAUCUACACAAGGUAAACAUGUCUAACUUUGACCUUGUCAUGGAGUCCGACUUGGGGACAUUCACCCCCAUUGGCCUGCAAUUUACAGGCAGUGAUGCAGCACAAAAGGUGAUAUUAAAACCCAACUAUUUAAAAAAAAUAGUGCUGAAGUUUCAGAUUUUCCAGCAUGUUUUGUGACGCUCUUUGUGCAUCAUUCUGUCCCUGCGUCAUCCAGGUGCCAGCCUCCACGUGGCAGACAGCCGUUACUUUUGGUUCCACCACAGUGAAGGCGACACCAUGAGCGUCCAGGACCCUCGAGACAUGGACCUCUGCUCGGCAUUGUGGGCCGUGGUUGCUUAUGUCGUGGCAGACCUGCAGGAAAUGCUGCCCAGAUAGCACGACCUGCUGUGAACUCUACAUCUUUACAUAAAGCAAAACUCUUGUUAAAUUAUAUUUCUAAAAAAAGACUUGAUCCAAAGUCCAUUCAGAUGAAAAACUGACAUUCUGUUCAAAAUGAUUUCUUUGUUUUUGUUUCAAGACAAACUGCCACCUUAGUUAGUGACACAAACUGAUCAGCCGUCUUGUGAUACAACAUACAUCCUCUUUUUUGCACGACAGUAUAACCAUCGAUAAAAGCCUAACAGCUAUUUCAUUUUGCACAAAUGCACUCCUCCGAGUUUGUGUUUUUUCCAUCUGACCACAUGCAACUUUCUGCACCAUCUUUAUACUUAUCAACCACACUGUGUUUGUGUGCUGUUUCCUUUACUGUUACUAAAACUGAAUCUGAAGCAGAGGGUAGAGCAACCAUGGCAGUUUGUCUUGAAACAACUGUAAUAUCCACAUUAUGACUUUUUUUUCCAUGAAAAAAGUUUUUCGACUCGAAAUUUUAACUUUAUUCUCAAAAUGAUCUAUACAUGUUUUUCUUAACGUGGCCCUAACACUCCUUCGUAUCAAAGAGAUGCUUUUAUAUAAUGAUUUUUAACACAGAAGAGUAUAUUAUGUUAUGAAUGAGGAGAAAUUAUUUUUUAAUGAAUGUGUUUUUAAAUUUAGGGUUAUUGUAGACAAGGAGGGAUAAAAUAUAGAUCUGAGUACUGUAAUGUUAUGUGCAAUAGGAGGUUUGUUUAAGGUGUGUGAAAUUAAAGAAAUGGAUUACAAA